UCGACAACAUGAGAGGUCCCACUGAAGCGGAAAACGAUAGCAGUGGCGGACCGGUCCACGGAGAUGUGUUCUUGGUCAGCGGCGGACCGACCAGCAGCACUGAAGGAGAAAUGUUAAGUGUUAAUAGUGAAAACUUAGACCCAUUCGACCAAAUGAGUGGUCCCACUGAAGCGGAAAACGAUAGCAGCGGCGGACGGAGCGGCUGCGGUGACCUGCAACGGAAGCAACAACUAAUGCUGAAAAAGAGGAGAGUGCUCUCUGCAUUGGCGCGGUUAGAAAAUUGUGUAGAAGACGCGAAAAGGAGGAGAAUAAUUAAAAGACAGAAAAAUAAACGUGAUGAGCGUCGGACGUUCGCGAAGUCGAUGCUGAGGAUCUUUCGGCAGUUAUCAGACCAACGCUUCUUGGAGGCUAAAGAAAAAAUUGAAAAAGUGUUAAAUGAAAGCUUACAGGAGCAGUACCUAUCGGAUGAGGAGAAGUGAUGCAAUUCUAUAUCUAUACAAUAAUAAAAAAAGAUUAUAUGUUA